GAGGGUCCCGGGGGGAGGGUCCCGGCGCCUGACGGUGCCCCGAGGCGGGGCGAUGAUGCGAGGCCGCCGCCUCCGCGCUGCCUGCGGCCGAGGAGGGAGCAGUGGGACGAGGCGCGGGGUUGCUGCCGCCGCCGCCUCCGGAGCAGCGAGAGCCGCCUGCGGAGCGCGGGGUGCCCGGCCCGGGCCGCCCGUGCUGGUUGAAGUACUUGUGAAAAUUGCUCACCUGCAGGAAACAUGAGGUCACAGUACAUCACAGCGCCCACAGUCACUGUCCUUCUGUUCCUGCUGUGGAUCCCAUCAUCAACAGGCUGCAACAAGGCUCUGUGUGCCAGCGACGUCAGCAAAUGCCUGAUACAGGAGCUGUGUCAGUGCCGCCCUGGGGAAGGGAACUGUUCCUGCUGUAAGGAGUGUAUGCUCUGCCUGGGCACACUUUGGGAUGAGUGCUGUGACUGUGUGGGUAUGUGCAAUCCUCGCAAUUACAGUGACACACCUCCAACAUCCAAGAGCACUGUUGAGGAGUUGCAUGAACCAAUUCCUUCCCUUUUCCGGGCACUGACAGAAGGGGAUACUCAGCUGAAUUGGAAUAUUGUUUCCUUCCCUGUGGCAGAAGAACUGUCACACCAUGAGAACCUCGUCUCCUUUUUAGAAACAGUGAACCAGCCACAGCAUCAGAACGUCUCUGUUCCAAACAACAAUGUCCACACACCUUACUCCAGUGACAAAGAACACAUGUGUACUGUGGUGUACUUUGAUGACUGCAUGUCAAUACAUCAGUGCAAGAUCUCUUGCGAGUCCAUGGGAGCUUCCAAAUACCGAUGGUUUCACAACGCCUGCUGUGAGUGCAUUGGGCCAGAAUGCAUCGACUAUGGCAGUAAAACUGUCAAAUGUAUGAACUGCAUGUUCUGAAGCAGGGAAAUUGGAAUAUAGCAAUACUGAGGCCAAAGUAAUCUCUCUCAGUUAAAGAGACUGGGAUUGCAAAUUCUGCAUUUUGGUGGAGUGCCUGCUGGUUGCAAUUAAAUGUACCUGGUUGAAAAGAGGAUGUAUAAAAUCAGAGAACUUUUUCCUUUUUUUUCUUUGUUUUCUUUUUUUUUAAUUCAUAUAAGCAAGGCUAACUAGUAAAUGUUUAAACACUAUGUUUUAAACUUGUUUUUCUCUGUUUCUGCUCAAAUGGUACAGUCAUGCUCAUCAUUACUGUUCUGAUUGUUUUCCUUUGAUUUGAAAGUAUUGUCUAUACUGGUUUUCAGAACAUAGUACUCUAUCUUGUAGUUUAGAGUAGGGAAACUUUUAGAAUACGGUGAUGAGACUUUCAUUAUCUAAAUUCAACAAAUAAAUAAAUGGCUGCUAGGUUGGAGGGAGGGUGGAUGUUGUUUAGGGGCUGGGUUUUUUGGGAUUGGGUUUCUGGUUUUGUUUUUUAACUUUAUUACCUUCCAGUUUUUAAGGUUAGCUUUUAUUGUGGAAGUGAUAUUUGGAGGAAAAUUAAAAUUCGUGCUUUCUCUUCAAGUUCAAAGAAUGGGCUGUCAUGGAUAAAAUCCUAACUUCUUAGAAGGGCUGCCCAGCAAAACACCAUGUGUGGGAUACUUUUCCUCCAAGUUUGAUGUGCCCUGCUCUCUUUUCAUUGGGGCCUAUGAUGCAUAAUUUAUGUGUUACACAAAUUAAUCUUUUCAGUCUUCUCUUAGAUCCCAAAAUAAAGCUGGUAAGUGCCAUUGCAUUUCCCACCGGUUGCACUGUUCUCUAGGGCUGUUACACCCUGAACAUUUAGUCCAGUAAAGGAAACAUGAAAGGCUAUGAUGGAUUUAAUGACUAAAAGAAUAAAGAAUGAAAUGACAGGAACAAGCAAGUGGUACAGGUCUACCAGCUGGGCAGCUGGCAGCAAGAAUGUUCCCAUUUAGUAAUUUCCUGUGAAUAUUUAUUCCAAAACAUUUUUAUUAUUAAUUAAUUUCUUCUUCUUUUCCCCACAAAUUUUUGUCAGUGAAGAAGGGAAUAUGUGUCUGCAAAGGCAAAGUUAAAGUGCUCUGAUUAUAGAACAUUGUGCAUUUUUCUAAGUAAGAGUUUUUAUAUGUUGACAGUUACAUAGCAGUUACUAUGACCGAUUUAAGGUGUCCACUGAUAAUGGUACUAAGUACAAGAAUAAAGGGUAUGAGUAGUUAAUGAUCAGCUUUUUGUAUUUAUAAUAAUGUAGGUUUUAACUCCUUCAAUUUUUUAUGCAUAUAUGCAUAUGCAAACACAAAAAGGAACUAUUGACUAUUCAUUUUUCUCUCAUUAACCUCAGCUAGAGGGAUUAAACUGUUUUCUAGUUACACCUGUCUAUCUGUACCAUGUACACAUGAAAGCAGUCAUAUUACAUUUAUUUUGUUGAAAAAUUUUCCUGAAUGUUUUUUUCAAUUUUUUUUCAUGAUACAGUUCUUUCAAUAGGAUGGAAUAAUAAUAAUAAUGAUGAUGAUAAUAAUAAAAGAAAAAUCUACUCUCGUUAAAUAAUGUUACUUUCUUCAGUGUCUUUUUCAGCUAUAAAGAUGUACUUGAAAGAUGAAUGUUAUUGUUUUGAACUAGUGGAUUAUGGAAUGUCUUCAUACUUUAAAGUUACAGUUAAGUGAUAAAAGAUCAUAGACAAAAAUAGAAAAACAGCUUAUAAUGGAGGAGUUGUUCUUCCUAUACUUUUACAAUUCAUGUUAUAUUUUUUUCUGCUAUAUUUUUUUCUUAAAAUGAAUGGAGAGGCAGAAUAUGUUAAGAGUAACUGUGACUGUUUGUAGCUGGAGGGUGAUGCAUCCGUGUUCCUGACCCAGACAGGAGACAUGUAGCAAUCAAGCAAGCAGGGGGUCAUUAGCAUGCUUCGGAUUUUUGCAGUCUUAAAUUAUUGGAAAGAUGAGGGUAGCUCAGAAUCCUCUUGGGGGAGGAAGAGGGCUGAUGUUUCUGGUCAGGCACCUGCUGCCCCAUGGAUCUGUGACACUGUCUCCACUUACAUCCUCAGAAUUUUGCUGUGAGGUCAAAUCAAGUGGGGGCGGGAGGGAUGGGGGAGCGACCUAACAGGUGUCCCAGGAAAUGCUGGGGGGAAUGGCAUAAAAAUGUAAACACAGUUCUCUGUAGUGGCCUGAGAGAAGGUAGUGCACACCUUCUGGGGCUUGCCUUACUUUUUGUAAUUCCUGAUGCUGUCUAGAGUUUGCUGAAAGUGGUGUGUGUACACAAAUGUCAUGCAGCAACACCCAGUGUAUUUUAUGAUGAUGAGUGCUUUUAAGAGGUAUUUUAAUAAAAAGACAUUACUGGUU